UAACAUUUAAUAUGUAGCAGUUCUGAACAUUUUAAUCAGCCUGCCGCUCUUAAUUGGAUAUUCACAUUUGACCUGUAUCAAAUUAUCAUAAUAUUAUUAUUUUCCCAUUGCCCUCCACCAAGUGCCCUGCUCACAAAUCGAACGGCAAAUCAUGCCCAUCAGUUGCAGAACCCAAAGAUCUGCCCUUUCAUUAGUUGAAAAGUGCCAGAAAAGUUUGCAUAACAAAAUAAAGGCCAGCCAAAAGUGGGGGGUGGGCGAAAAGUGGGCUGGAAAACAGGUAAAAGUGGUUGUGUGGGCGAGGAGGGGGUGGUUGGUGAAAAGCCAAUGUUAAUGAAGCGGCUCUUUGUGCAAAACUGUCGGACUUGUGAUAUCUGAACUGGCAAUAAGCGCCUUUCCAUUCAUAAUUCGAUAGACAUUUGGCCACUGGCAACCGCCCACAAGAAGCCACCGCCGCCCCUGCCCCUGCCCCUGCCACGCCCCCAAUUCCCCACCCCCUCCCGCUACCGUUCUCGGCCAAACGGAUUCCAAAACUGUGUGUAAAAAGUAUUUUCAACUUUUGGCCACAUGCUUCAUUUAUCACAAAUUCAUUUAUCAUUUGUCCCCUCACACUCGCACAAACACACACACACACACACCGAAUGAUACAAAAUGCGAAUGUAUUGCACACUACCCACCCAAACUUCCUCUUUUUUAUAUUUUUUUGAAGAGUUUUUUUUUCGGUUGAAUAUAUGUCGCUGGCAGUGCAAGUCGCCUUCGAACCCAAAAACUAAGCUUGUCCAAAUAUAAAGCGAGAGAUAUGGCAACAGAGGAGCAGGGCGGGGGGUGCGGUGCGGUGAGGGGGAAACCAGACGAAGAAAAAUGAUAAAGCAACAGCCAGAAACGAGGGGCGGCGGGCUUGGACGGGGCGUGGCAGUUCCACAGGACGAAGGCGACUAGCGAAAAUUCGCAUAGCUCGAUAAAAAUUGUGAGGAGAGCAAAAAAAAAAAAAAAAAAAAUGCGGAAAAAGCCCGAAAACUGCCAAAAGAAAAAUGACAGACAGAAAAAACGGUCGCAUACAGAAUCUUAUAUGGGGAAUAUACCCUGUAAUUAAGAACAUCAGUUCGAAAACAUUGCAAUUAUAUUUUAAAAACUUAUAUCGCUAUUAUUAUUCAAAUAUUUAUUCAACUUAUACCUGAAUAAUAUUUCCCUAAAUAUAACAGUACCCGAUUUCGGUAAUCAUUUGGGAUCACAAAAUAUUUUAACUAUUUUAACUACAAUAACCAAUUGUAUGUCUUGUAAAAUUAGAGGGUAGCUAAGGUACUCCCAACCUGAGGAAGGCGAACUGUAGUCCAAACUCCUACUCCUCAGCGACAUUCCUCUUUUCCGGAGACCAUUCAUAGGAUAAGGUCAGGAAAACGCUUUACAAAUCCUCGAAAGAGACUCGGAAAAGCGGAUGGCGAAAAAAUCGCCGAAAAUGAAGCGAAGCGAAAAUAAAAUUUCCCAGCUAAUGACAAAAAUUUCCGGUUUCACAGCAACAGCAGAAAAAAUAGGAACAACAACAAAUGAUAACAACAACAACAACAACUUUAGGUGCCGGAAAAUACGCUUUCGAUUGGCAAAAGGGGAAAAUCGAGGAGCGAAAUGUAAUCGCUUGCGAAACGCGUGCAAAACGCGCGCGCGACUAAUGAUACAAUUUCAUUUGUAUGGCAAGUGAAAGUGUCUCAAAAAAGCAGAAGGAGCUUGGGAAAAAAAAAACUAUGGAAGAGGCUGGAAGUACACUGCAAAAGUAUAAGAUUUUUAAUACAAUUAGAUUAGAUGCAGAUAUUUCUGGUAAUUGUGCUAUCUUUAUGGUAUUCAACUUGCGUGAGUAAAUGUUCUUCGAAAGCAGAAAAGAACGUUUCAUACCAAAAGUUUUUGUUCAUUUGCUUAUUAAACAAAUCAAUCAUAAGUGUUAACUAAUCUUAACAAGUUAUCAUAACUAAAAACCAAAACACUAGUAGGCGAGACGAAACGUCAAUUGUCAACUGUUCCCUCUGGCUGCUCACACACAUAAAUAUCCGUCGCACGGAAAACAAACAAACAAACAAACAAAACAAACAAAACAAACAAAGAAGAGAAGGAUGAGCAGCCAAGAACACCACAAGAUGUCCGGCGGCACAGACGUGGUCGAUCUGGGCAAUCGCUUCUCGGCGGACAUGGCGCGCCUCUGCAUGAACGAACAGUACGCGGACGUGGAGUUUAUCGUCGAGGAGGAGCGCCUACCCGCCCACCGCGUCGUACUCGCGGCACGCAGCGAAUACUUCCGGGCACUGCUGUGCGGCCUGGAGGAGAGUACACAGCGCCAAAUACCGCUUGAGGUGCCGUUGGCUGCGUUCAAGGUGCUGCUGCGCUACAUUUACUCGGGCACACUGCUGCUGUCCACACUGGACGCGUAUUCCACCAUCGAGGUGCUGGGCAUGGCCAAUCUGUAUGGAUUCCCGGAUCUGGAGGUGGCCAUCUCGAAAUAUUUUCGCCAGUAUCUGGCCUUGGACAAUGUCUGCAGGGCUCUUGACGUGGCGCGUCUCUACAAUCUGGAGGAGCUCACCGAGGUGUGUCUAAAGUUUAUGGAUCGAAAUGCCGGCGACCUGCUGCGGCACAACACCUUCAAUAAGCUGUCUAAGGAAUCGCUGGUGGAGGUACUACGACGUGACUGCUUCUUCGCCCCCGAGUUACAGAUCUUCUUGGCCGUGUGGAACUGGAGCCGCUUCAAUAGCAACGUGGACUACAAGUCCGUGAUCAGUUAUGUCCGCCUGUCGCUGAUAACCCUCAAGGAUCUUCUGCAGGUGGUGCGUCCCUCGGGCAUCCUGGAUCCCGACAAGAUUCUCGAUGCCAUCAACGAGCGCAACACUUCGAAGGCGCUGCCCUACAGGGCGGCGCUCUGGCCGGAGUGGAACGUGGCCGCAAAUAUGUUUCAGUCGCGCUGCAUCCAGGGAGAGUGUCGCGACGCGCUGCUGGAUGGAGAUGUGACCACCUAUGACAUGGAUAAACGGUAUACGCACCACUGCAUCACGGACAAAGAUGCGAGCAUUGUGGUCGAAUUGGGCACGAUCUGCAUAAUCAAUCACAUCCACAUGCUGCUCUGGGACAGAGACAGCCGGGCGUACUCCUACUACGUUGAGGUGUCCGGCGACCAGCAGCAUUGGGAGCGCGUAGUCGACUACAGCGAUUACCACUGCUGCUCCUGGCAGUACUUGUACUUCGCACCACGACCCGUCAGAUUCAUUCGACUGGUGGGCACCCACAACACUGUGAACCGGGUAUUCCAUGUGGUGGGUCUGGAGGCCAUGCACACGGCCAAGGUGCCGCGUUUAGUUGGCCAUUUUGUGGCGCCCAAGAGGAACGAGGCCACCAUCGAGAUGAGCGCCAUUGUGACGGACGCCGUGAGUCGCAUGGUCAACAUGGUAAUCAAUGGCUCUUGUAUGCGUAACGAAUGGGACUCGGAAUAUACUUACCUCUCAUUUGGCAUCGGCGAGAUCUCCGUCCGUUUGGGCCAACCCUACUAUCUCGGCUCAUUGAGGCUGUUGCUGUGGGACAGAAAUGAUUGCAACUACAGUUUAUUCAUCGAAAUUUCGACAAACCGCGAGGAAUGGCAGAUGAUCCUGGACAGCCGCAACGUGAGGUCCCGCUCGUGGCAGAACUUUCACUUCAUUCCGCGUCCAGUGGUUUAUAUUCGCAUUGUGUUCUCACGCGAAACAGCGAAUGGGAUGUUCAGAAGCAUCCACUUCGAACGUCCCACCCAGGACAAAAACUACUCAAUGCAGAUAUCCGACAUGGAGAAGGAGAAGGAGACGGCCAAGACUGACGAUGACAAUAUUGCCUCCACCUCGGGAUCAUAGUUGGCUUCAGGGCACGCUGAAAGUUAGGCUUAGUAAAAAGUAAAGGCAACACAAACAACACAAACUUCAAAUGAGUUACAGCGUUUUAAAAAACAAUUUUUGCCAACGAUCCGAUUCUCGGAGCAGAGGCGUAGGAGUCACGGGUUCUGCGAGGGGCUUAAGGGAGGGGGGCAGCUUGGGGCAGCCUUUUGUUGCGCAUGCGUUAAGCGUUUGACGGUGAUUUUUUCAAAGGGGCAAUCUCAUUGCCGAGAAUUGUGGAAUUUUAAGUGCUUUUCUCAGGUGAUUUUUUUUUAUGCUUUGUUUUUUGGCCAAAAUUGAAUGGGAGUGGCCGGCGGUGGGUUAAGACCACGUUCGAGUCAAGCGAAAAACAGUUAAAUCCGCGCAGGCAAUGGCCCAAAUGAAUUACCACUGGCGCGGUAAUCCCCGCCACAGUUCCCAAGUUAAGACUCGGACUCGAACUCGAACUCGGACUGGUUUCCUGGGCUCUAGGCCCUCCUGGCGAAAUUAGUUUUCCUGGAAGCUAAAGCAAAAGCCAAAGCUUCACGGAGGACAGCAGCGGAUGGAAUGACAUUCCAGGAACGGUAAAGCGAUAAAAUAAGAAACGAAUUCUCGGGACAUAAAUCACUUCUUCGCCCUCACGUCCAAUAAUAAAACAUAAAUAUUUGGAAAAGUGAUUAAAGUAUAUAUGGUAAUGAAUACAAGCUUCAAGAAAUGACUGCUGAAGCGGAAUAGGAGUCAUAAAG